AUGAAUCAAUGCUUGAACAAUGAAUUUCGAUGUCAUUUUGGUGGACAAUGUAUUCCAUUAGCAUUUGUUGGAGAUGGAAAGAUGAAUUCUGAUUAUCUUGAUGAUACAGACGAAUUAAAUUGGAAUGCAAUUUUCGAAGAUCUUAUUCAACGAUGUUCAACAAUUGGCACAGAGAAAACAUGUUCAGAUCCAUCAUUAUUUCACAGUUCAUCUUCAUUGAAAUGUAUUUCAAAAGAUCGACUCAUUGAUGGUUACAAUGAUUGUUAUUAUAAUGAAGAUGAAUUAUUUUCUGCUUGUCAAUUAAAUGGUUCAACUCGAUUUAUUUGUCCAUCAAAUCGAAAUCAAUGUUAUCGAUGA